CCUCAGGAAAACAUAUCACCUUCCACCACAAUAGAGCCCGUCAGGAAACCACAGGCAGCCACAUUGCUCUCUUGAGUCACCAAGUACUUUUGGACACGCUCUCACACUCAUCAGUGGCUUACACACAUGCACAUGCACACAUUCCACUCAACAGCUUGGCAGCUCACACCACCAGCGCACUCCAGGAUGACACUGUACUGAAACACAGCAAGGCAUUGUCAUCAGUUUGUGAAAGUAUCAUCUGCAACCAUGCCUAUCCUAAAGAAGCUCCCUGGAAGAUCCAAGAGCUGCCACGAAUUCCCCAGAGUGAAUGGAGAACUGAUUCUGCCCCGGCUGGACCUGGACAUGAAGGACUUGAAUGAUCUCAACGACCUGAAGGAGCUGAAUGACCUAAAAGAUCUGAACAAGAACCUGAACCCCUUUGAGGAUGUGGACCUGGACGAGGAUGAAAGGAACGGAGGUGACAUGGGCCUCAUCAUGGGUGAGGUCAGGGGUAACCUCAGGUCGUCCCGUGACGGGGAAGAGGAGGAAAACGAGGUGAACGCAGAGAGGCACGGGGCGGGGAACCCCAAAGGGAAGCCGCUCAGGGGGACACUGGAGAGGAUCUGUGGGGUGUCGCCACUCAAAACCCUCGGAAAACUAGGGAAAGGGCUGCGCAUAUCAGGACGCAAUGUAUGGAGUAACAACUCUCCCCACUUCAGCCCUGGAGACUCAAAUACGCUUCCAACCGAGAAGGAGAAAAAGAAAGGACUACGCAGGGGCUCGGAGGGAAUUAUGACACUGCUCCGGUUCACGGGUCGACGUAAGGAGGAACGCAGAGAAAGCCUGCCCUGUGGGGAUCUCGUGGCAGAAAGUGAGGCAGAGACUUCCAGGCGACCCUCCUUCCUCAAGAUCAGCCUGGGCAAGCUGAAGAGAGAAUCCAUGUCAGACAAGGCGUCCCAAGAGGCUGAAGAGGAAACGGUGGAGGAUGACCCGGUGGUCAAAACCAGAGAACCCCUCUCAGUUCUCGAGAUUCUGCAGUUGGUCAACCACAGGGACCUUCUCCUGGCUGACACACACAUUCAGGAGCUGGAGCGAGAGUGUGAGCUCCUGUCUCUCCUGCCAGUUGCAACGUCUCCCACUCUGACACCUGUCCAAAGUCCCAGCCCCCUAUCUAGCAUGAUCCCUUCGUCAUCCUCAUCUCUGGAUGAGUCCAAUGCAACACUGGAUUCAAGCCGCAGAAAGGCAAAAGACGUAGAGCUUCUAUAUGAAGCGCUGCAAAAGGAAAUGUGGGAUGUAGUACGGGAGUCCCUCCGCCAGCCCAGCGCUGGGCCCAACCUUGGUCUGGUGGUGCUGGUGAUUCAACAAGAGGAGCAUGCGGAUGCUGCCUGGGUCCUGAGAGAAGAGACCAAGCCAGAACGAGAGCUCUCCUUCAUCCAGUCAAGCCAUCGUCCCCGACAACUGAAGAGGAAGUGGAGGCAGGCCGUGGCGGAGGCCGCGGACUGGAGCCUGCCACAUCAAGUGGACACCCAGGCGGGCCAGCUGGCCUAUUACCUGGAGCGCCUGAGGUGUCGAAUGGUAGAUGACCUCGAUGCAGCGAGGAGGAAUGCUGUAUCCAUAUAUCCAGAGGAGUUUGCUGCUUUCCAAGUGUAUGUGGAAAGUUAUCAUCGAGCUGUGGCCAAACGUCUUCGGACCAUUACCAGUGGCCCACUGCAGAUCACGGAUGUGUAUUCACUACUAGACUGGUUCUACAACAUCUACAACAGGGAUGUUCUAGGAACCAUUGGCACCACCACACCCAUCAACUAUGGCACACUGGAUUCAAUUCUCCCUCAAGAGACGGUGGACAGGCUAGAACAAGACUGCAUCAGUAUUGUCAGGGAUAAGGUGACAACAGAGCUGCUCCAGGUUCUGGAUGAAGAGGAGCGGCGAUGGGCCCAGACUCUGCACAUUGAGGAGUUUCAGUCGCACCUGGCCCGCUCAGUCAUCCAGAGGCUGAAGGUGGACUUGGACAGAUCAACAUCCGUGAACCAGUUUCUAGGAGCAAGAGUGGCUCGCUGCAGUCUCGUUGGACUGGCUAACUUUCUCUACAGUUUCCAGAGGAAGGUGGAGAUUUUUCAUGAGACUCAGGCAGAAUUUGGAGACAGAGGAGAUGGAUACGUUUCCAGGACCAUAGCUCUGGUUAACUGUUGCCCUCCUCUCAGAUCCUUUGUGGAGCGCUGCAGGCAGUGUGACCCACAAGGCAGCGAGGAGUCAGCGCAAAGAGCCAACACCUCUCUGGACAGGAUCAUCAACCAGUCAGUGAGGGUGCUGACAGAGAAACUGUUUGAGCACAUCAGGCCUUUCUUUGACAAGCUGAUAAAGAGAAAAUGGCUGAACAACACAGAGGCCUUUGACGCAAUAGAGGCCAGCAUUAAACAACACUUCAAGAAGUUCAGAAGGAUGGACCCUCCACCAUAUCAGACGCUGGUGGGUGAAGUGCACCGGCGGGUCCUGGUGGAGUAUGUCCGAGCCAUCAUGAAGAGAAGGGUCAUCUGCACGUCCUCCAAGAUGAGGAAGAGGAUGGCCUUCCGUCUUCAAGAUGAGGCCAAACAGCUAAAAGGACUCUUCAAGGAUCUGGAAUCAAAUGCAUCCUGGCUGGACAGCCUCCUCUGCCACCUAGCUGACAUCAUUCUCCUGGAAGACACCCCCUCCAUCCAGAUGGAGGUGGCCGUCCUGGUAAAAGAGUUUCCAGACAUAAGGAAGAAACACGUCUCCACCCUGCUGAAUGUACGAGGGAUGAUGAGGCAAACGGAGCGACAGGAGAUCCUCAACAUUGUCAAAGACUUUGAAUGCAGCAGCACCCUCAUGUGCAGGGACCACGCCCUCUUUUCCGACAUCCCCAUCACCUCAGAGGUGCACUGCAUCAGCCUGGGUCUCCUCCGCCUGGCCAUGACCGUCACUAACUGGUUCUCAGAGCACCGGCCGCGGCGAAACCCCAGGACAAGUAUCAGAAAUGCGACACCUCAACCCACCGAGCACAUGGAAGACACAAAUAAGCUUCAUAGAGAAGACUAGCUGUAUUUGUGCCAGGAGAGCAGUCACAGAAACACUGUGAAGAUUCUAGUGAGAUGUACAUGCACCUUGACCAAAAAACUGAUUGUACCAAAUAUUGCAACACUUAGAAAGAAACUUGACCUCAGGUACUGCUCAUGAUGUACAUGCUCCCUGACCUACUGACUUUUCGCCAUCUCUGCAGGUGUGUUUUUAAUGGAAAUGUGAAACAGUGUAUUGUAAUAUCUCACCAUUUAUAGUACUUUUAAGUUGACCUACACAUCUACAGAAGUAAGAAGUGAUAUAAAAUAUCCUCAAAAUGUAACGUGUUCAGUCUUUUUUAGGCUUUUACUCAUCCAUGUCCUUGCAGGAAUAUCUGCUUCCGGAUGCAAGAUUUACAGUGGUUGUUGUUCAGUAUAUAUUUACAGAUUAUAUAAUCCCAUAGCACAUAUGUACAAUACUGUGUUACAGGCACUUUAUAUGGUUUGAUUGUUAUCCAGCACAAAAUACCUUUAGAGAUGCAUCUGAUCGGUCCCAAAUUCAUUUUGCAGCACGGCACUGAUCCAGAGUCACAAAAAGUGUUUUCAGUGAGAGGAAGACCUGUAACAUAGGUUCGGGUCUCCACAGAGCAAUGAACUCAGAAUCAUGACUUCACAACAGGAUUACAUAAAGCAGCAGAAGAGACUGAGAGAGUGAUUAGAAGGCUACAAGAACGAGAACUGGUGCUGUUUCGAAAUGCAAACGGUGUGAUUUUUUUUCUUUUUAUUGCACUUAAUAUGAAUUUAACUGAUGGACAAUAAAAAAAAGUAUUAAUUGAGCUUUUGAAAGCAUCCUCACUUUACUUUAAAACCUUUGCAUAGUACUGCGUGUGAGGAUGUUGUGUAUGGAAAUGUAAAUGAGUUAAACUCUCACUGUGAAUGAAAUGGAUCUAUUGCUGGAAACACAAAUAAAGCCCAUUGACUGGGCAGACUAAACAAAUUACGUCAUUCUCUGUCAUUCAAUACUCUUUUGUAUUACAGGUGAAAAAAAUGUAAUUUGUUUGCAUCCGGGAUGUUGAUAAAGAUGAGUCAACUCUUAAAAA